AUGGAGUUCAAUCCAGAGAAGUGUGAGGUGGUACAACUUGGAAGGACCAAACUCCAAGGCGGAGAGAAGCCAGUGGACAAUGCAAAUUCACUACUGAAUUUUGAAAGGCUAAGUUGGAUGAAGGAAAGGAACCAGUUGCAGAAUGCCUUAAAAGAGGCUGAAUCAGAACUGGCCAGGGUGAUGGCAGAGAUUGAAAAUAGACCUCUGCGACACGACCUUGUUGACCACUCAAGCAUGAAGAUGCAGCGACUUUAUGGCAAGUACCUCCGAGCUGAAAGCUUCAGGAAAGCCUUGGUGUACCAGAAGAAGUACCUGUUGCUACUUUUAGGGGGAUUCCAGGAAUGUGAGCAGGCGACCCUAUGUUUAAUUGCACGAAUGGGAGUGUACCCUUCUCCCACAGACCUCCACAUGCCCAACCGGCAUUCCCGUCCAAUAACAAAAUUCCGCUCCACCGUUAGAGUGGUCAUUGCAAUUUCCAGGCUGAAAUUCCUGGUGAAAAAAUGGCAGAAAGCCACAAGGAAAGGUCUGUACCCGGCACCUGCAGCAAACAGUAUUGGAGGUGGUCAAGCUCCAGCCGUCAAAACUGAAGUUCUCCGCCAACAGCAGUCAAUAUUGACUCACAUUACAAAACUCGCCACCAACCAGGGAUAGUGUUUUCUGCUCGCAGACUUAAUAAUGCAAAUCACCAAUCACCAAAGUCUCCCUAUAGACUGCAGAUUAGAUCAUAUUUCUCACCUGGAGGAGGGCAGGACCAGUCAGGCCUUUCAAGCAAUCAAGAUCCAGAACGCUCGCUCACUUGAAUAUAUUCAGAGGCUUGAGGCAAUCCAGCAGCGACUUGGAGGGACAUCUCCAGGAACAUCCAGACGUAAAAGCAGCAUGAAAUAAGUGGAUCCUGUAUGAAGGCAAAACCACAAAACUGCUCCUUUAUAACUUUAAGAAGUAUGGUUAAAAAUGUGUGUAUCUAUAUUGAUCCUUAUUGUGAUCAAGGGAUAAUUAAAUGUAUACAGCCACAUCUGCACAUUGUUCAAGCACAGGAGAAUCUUGUAGUUAAAAUAAGCAGAUGAAUCCUGCAGCAUUCACUAAUAAAUAAGACAUUUAUGUCUCCUUAUGUUGGAAAAUUCACUAUCCAAUCAGGCUGGGUGAGUUUGUAUUCACCAUUGAAUUGUGUGUAAUCAUUUGAAUGUGUGGAUUUAUGCGUGUAUGUGUGCUUGCUUUUCUAGAAGAAUGGUAGUCAAUUGUUUUAGGCCAUUUAUACCAGUGGUCUGUGUUCCAUUGUGCAUAUCUCAGUGUAGGAAACAAGAUUUUUUAAAAGGUUAUUUUUGUAAAUGUUGGCUUUUGUUCUUUGCAUAAAAAAAUAAAGUUUACAUUGGUAUU